AUGGCGUUGUUAACGCCCGAGUACCUCAUUAUGAUCGCGAAAAAAGCUGUCGAUUACAAGCGGAAUGCAUCGGGCUUAUUUAACGAAAGAAAAAAGAGAGAGAGGGAGGGAAGGAGAGCGUUUCCUCUUCCUUCGGUUCUCCAUAAAAACCCCAGAAGCUAUUUGGAAUCAAACGGCCGAUUCACGAGAACGUUUUAUUUCGUUCUCGUCGCUACACGAGAUUUGUUAAUGGUUAUGGGUUCCGCGCGUUGGUUACGGGCUCUGGAUCGAAUCUCGCGCGUGCCAGAGCACGGAGGCUGCGGAGAUUACCUGCCUCCGCUUCCAAGGGGAUAUUCUGGUGAGGUGACGUAUACGUUGCGCGCGUUUUGGUUCACAGAGGAGGACUUGAUGCACGGGGGUGGCGCGGGUAUUGGCGGGGGUUCUAUGGUCGGACAGAACUCAAUAUUUGGGUGCUCGGCUGCAGGACACAGCGGGGUUAACCAGCUCGGCGGCGUUUACGUCAACGGCCGACCACUGCCGGACUCCACGAGGCAGAAGAUCGUCGAGCUGGCUCACAGCGGUGCUAGACCGUGCGACAUAUCGCGCAUACUGCAAGUCAGCAAUGGAUGCGUCUCCAAAAUCCUCGGCAGGUAUUACGAGACUGGUUCAAUCAAGCCGCGGGCAAUCGGCGGUAGCAAGCCGCGAGUGGCAACAACGCCUGUGGUCAACAAAAUUGCCGACUACAAAAGAGAAUGUCCCUCGAUCUUCGCCUGGGAGAUUCGCGAUCGACUUUUGCAGGAGGGCGUUUGCAAUAACGACAAUAUACCCAGCGUGUCGUCCAUUAACAGGGUUCUCAGGAACUUGGCUUCGCAGAAGGAGCAACAGGCGGCCGCGGUGCAAGCGCAUCAGGGUGCCGAGAGUGUCUACGACAAGUUGAGAAUGUUUAACGGGCAGGCAGCAGGUUGGCCACCAGCAUGGUAUUCAGCAACACCUCCCCAUCAUCCUCUAGCCACGGGAAUUCCAACUGCGGCGACUCCUGGAUCCGGUCAGACUCUUCUGCCCGGUAGUCAGCUUCACGGCCGUGACGAUUCUUUGCUAAAGCGAAGCGACACCGGGUCUCUAUUGUCGCAUCAGCAGGAGACAACUUCGGACGGUAAUUCGGAGCACAACUCCUCUGGCGACGAGGAUUCGCAAGUGCGGCUGAGGCUGAAGAGGAAAUUGCAGCGCAACCGAACUUCCUUCUCUAACGAGCAGAUAGACAGCCUCGAGAAAGAAUUCGAGCGGACACAUUACCCGGACGUGUUUGCACGGGAGCGUCUCGCCGAGAAGAUCGGAUUACCUGAGGCACGUAUCCAGGUGUGGUUCAGUAAUCGCAGAGCGAAGUGGCGUCGAGAGGAGAAAUUACGGAACCAGAGGAGGGCCGCCGUCGAUCAGGUGGUCGCCGGUGGCAGCGGCGGGGGUAGCAGCGGCACCGCGCCUCCCGCGGCCACCCCUGCUACGCCACGGUUACCCUUAAAUGCUGGAUUCAACGCCAUGUACUCAUCGAUACCGCAACCGAUUGCCACUAUGCCCGACACGUACAGCUCGAUGUCAAGCAGCCUGGGCGGGUCAAUGGGUGGAAGCUGUCUUCAGCAACGCGCUGAGGGCUACCCGGCGUACGUGUUUCACGAGCCUCUCCAUUCGCUCACGCAGUCUUACUCUCACGCGCACAGCGCGGCCGCGGCCGCGCACUCGCAACCGCAUCGCGGCAUCCCGACGUCUCACGGUGGCACCCCCACGACUCCAGGGGGACAACCCGCCGGACCAGGUGGAGCACCUUAUCAGCCGACAACCUCGACCGCAACCGGAGUGAUAUCAGCCGGCGUCUCGGUGCCGGUGCAAAUUCCCUCGCAGACCCCGGACCUGGCAGGCAACUAUUGGCCGAGGCUCCAGUGAUCCCAGCUCUUCGGGUUCCCGCCCGCGAGUUUGCUCGUAGGCCAGGAGAGCCCGCCGCCGCCGAGCGCCACCCCGGGUGCGGUGCCACGACCGCUCCUCGCUUCCCUCGGGAUACCGACGCAGUCGACGCAGCAUCAGGCCCCCAGCACACCGGCGACCACCCCCGUGCACAACUCCGACACCAGUGAGUGAAACGACUGAAUUUCCGUGAUCCGUGCACCGUCGCGCAAGUGUCAUCCCAU